GAUAUGAGGGACGAAGUGAAGAUGGACGCGAAUCGGCUAAUCGCCGAAGUUUAUAAGCGGCCAGCGCUUUGGAACCAAAGACAUAUCUCUUAUCACAAUCGCGAGGUGACGAACCGCGUUUGGAUGGAAAUUGCAUCGAUAUUCAAGUUGCCCAAACCGGUAUUAAAAGCGAAAUGGAAAGGUUUACGAGAUACGUUUCGGGCGGAAUUAAAAAAGGACCAAGUCUACCGUAAAAGUAAAUUCCAUCGUAAUAGGCCGGUAUGGAUACAUUUCAAAAGUUUACAGUUUUUAAAAGAACAAAUGUUACCUCGUCCUCCGAUUUGGGAACGGAGUAAUUCUUGUCAAGACGACGAUCGAAUACACAGCGAGGGUGAAAGCGACGGGAUGCUGUUGCAGAACGGUUCGUCGGUAACAAGUAGAAACGCGGAGGAUCGUGGUACGAUCCCUAAUCAUCUACUGUCGAUAAGUAACGAAAACGGAUUGAAGAUCGACAGCAUCAAUCACAUAGACGUGAAGCAAGAACCCGAAGAGAACUUCGACAAUCUCGAGUUUCAAAGCGUCUCUGACAACCUCACGGAAAACGAGAUGAUGUUGCAAAACAUCUCACCUGAACAAGUGUUGAUGGGCGACCAUGACACUGGCAUUGGUCUUACGGUGGAUCCUUUAGAAGGCAACCGUUUCGAUGAUAAUUACUAUUUCCUUAUGAGUCUUUUACCUCAUGUAAGAACAUUACCGGCCGAUAGAAGAAUGCUGCUAAGGAUGCAAAUGCAAGAACUGGUUUACAAAGAGGUUUACAAGAAAAGUACCGAGAGUGUCGCCACUCCGUAAAAAGACAGAAAUGAAUAUUUUUAACAAAGACGUUAUUCGUACGCGACUUCGAAAGUGGUUAGAACCUAUCAGAAUAAUUGUCUUUCACAGUUCACUGUAUUUAACCCUUGGACGACAGGAUUCAUAUAGGACCACGAUAGUUAAAACUUAUUGUUGGGAAUAUACAGAUUUAUUGUACUGGAGAUCAGAUGGAGGAAGUUUGGUACUUUAAAUACGACAAAAUGACGAAUAAAUGGUUAAGUGGUUAUAAUACUAUUUCUUCUGAUAAUCUAUCUGAUAAAUACAUAAAUACUAGAGAUCACGGUUUUGAACGGGUAUUAAACGUGUACCGUAUUGAACGUGUACCGUGUACCCGUGUAUUAGGGAAUUAAGAACACGGGUAUUUUUAAUACACGGGUACCCGGGUAUCGAAAUACACGGGUACGCAUACAUCGAAUUAUACGGGUACAGUAUCCAAUUACACAGUUUUAUAUACAAACUUUUAUGUAAAAAAAGCUUUUAUUCUACAUAAAAUAAUGAUCCUUAUUCAUUUUGAAAAUAUUGACAAGCAAUAAAACAAAUAAAUGAAAAAGAUAUAAACAUAAGAAGAAUAAAUGUAACAGAAUACAUUGUUUAGUGUAAUUUGUAAUACUUUAUUUAUUAGUUAAAAUAAAUGUUCAAGUCAAUGUGCGUACCCGUGUAUUUCGAUGUACACGUACACGUACCUGGAUAUCCGUGUAUUUCGAUAUCCGGGUACCCGUGUAUUAAAAAUACACGGAUUAAAACACGGAUCCAUUAAUUACCCGUGUACCCGGGUAUUUCGAUACACGUGAAGUAGAGAUCUCUAAUAAAUACUAAUAUUUGUCAAGGAGACAUUGAAUGAGUGGCACUUUUCGUUGUAUUCUAUGAAUUUAUUGGGUACUCUGCGAGAAACGGUAUCGUGUGGUCGUCCAAGGGUUAAAAUGCACC